AUGAAAAAAUUAGAAUCCACUGCUACCACGAAAUCGUCCACUGCCGAUGCUACGUUAUUAAUGUCGCAAACAAGAUCAUUUACCGCAGUUGAUCAUAUUCUCGCUAGCUAUGAUAUGCGAAACCUGUCGAAAUUUUAUGCACCACCAGGAAGUGUGGAAAAAGCUGCGUAUGCUUUGUUAAACCUCGAAAAAGGCUCAUCGAUUACAAUUCUUACCGGUUUUUGUGUAACAGAAAGACUUGUGGAUGGUAAAAAAGUUCCGGUAGCCGAAACAGAUGGUCCUCCAGGUGCAGUACUUGCAGGUGAAACACUUCGCCAACUGUCCUAUCAUGUGUCGUAUGUUGCUGACCCUAUCACUUGUAAUGUUCUCCGUGAUUGUUUAAAAUCAAUCGAAGUCAAUGAUAACUGUGUAUAUGAAUUCAAUUCGCGUCAUGAUGAAAACGAACAAGUCGCAGAAGCACAUAGGCUUAUUAGCAUGUUAAAACCCAAAGCUAUGCUUGCCGGAGAGCUUUGUAGUCGAAAUUGGAAUGAUGGAAUCCGUCGCAAUAUGAGAGGCACAAACAUUAACGAUUGGAACCCACCAGUCGAUGAAAUGCUUGUCCAAUUUAAAGAUAGUGGUCUUAUUGUUGCAGUUGGCGAUGGUGGAAAUGAAGCUGGCAUGGCGAAUCUAAAAGAUAAUAUCCCACUUGCAUUAGAUGGCAAAACUAUUAUGGCAAGUGGUGUAUACUCAGAUAUUCCUGUAACAUCGUGGAAUUCAAAUCUCGGUUUUCAGGCAAUUGCUUCUGCGGCUGCCGCAAUAGAAGGUGAAUUUGAUUUGAUUCCAACAGGAAAACAAGUUAUUAAGACAAUCGAAGCUGCUCUGGAUGCAGGUGCUGUGGAAGGCAUCACUCUAGGACAACGAGAAAAUUCCAUGAACGAAAUUUAUGAGACACGUGGUGUAGACGGUUUUUCUCCUUAUGUUCAUGCAGCCGAUCAAGAUAAACUGAGAAGUACAUUAAUCCAAAUGAAAAUAAAAGCAAUGUUAUAA